AUGUCAACCUCGCACCAGAUCACUGUUACGGGUGUCUUGCCCACUCCCGGUCAGAUGCAAGCUCGCAAGGCCGUUAGAAAGAACAUCAAGGAUCUGAUCAAGGACGAAAAACAGUUCUCGCUGUACAUUCAGGCUUUGAUCCUCAUGAUGGGAAGGGACCAAUCCGAAUCGCUAUCGUGGUUCGGUGUCGGUGGUAUUCACGGCCUCCCUCACACUCCUUGGGACAAUGCCGGCGACAAACCCCAGUGGGGAUACUGUGCGCAUGCCACUGCGAACUUCCCCACUUGGCAUCGGCCAUAUGUUACGUUGUUUGAGCAAGCUUUGCAGGGCUACGCCGUGCAAGUCGCUAACAAGUAUACCAGCGACAAGGAUGCAUGGCUUGAGGCGGCCAGGGACCUCAGAGCGCCUUACUGGGACUGGGCCCAGGACGCUAUUCCCCCGGCCGAGGUAAUUCGUCUUCAAAAGAUCCAAGUCACGACCGCGCAGGGCAAAGCCGAAGUGGAGAAUCCUCUGUACUCCUAUCGAUUUCACCCCAUUGACCCCAGCUUUGACUCCUUCACCGACGUGCCGACAACUGUCCGGAACUCUCAGGACGAUGAUCCGACUAAAACGAACGUCCCUGCCCUGAUUGAGUCCUUACAAGGCCUGAACAACUGGCUUGGCGAUGGAAUACGAGCAGAAACCUACAAAACCCUCGUUCUCCUCAAGAAUUGGAAGGUUUUCAGUAACAAAGGUUACCAGCCGAAACGAGGUGCCAUUCAACUUGCUAACAGCCUCGAAUCGAUUCAUGAUAUCAUCCAUGUUACUGUGGGCGGCAAUGGCCAGAUGGCCGAUCCCAGCUAUGCAGCAUUCGAUCCUAUCUUCUGGCUCCAUCAUUCUAAUGUGGACCGUCUUCUUGCGUUAUGGCAGGCGUUGAACCCAACCGCCGGUGUUUUUGCAAAGGAUGGUCCGGAAGGCGAGAUCGCUAACGAUGAUUUGACCCCCUUCUGGAACGGCCCCACGACCUUCUACAAGUCAACUGAAGCCGACGUCAGCACCUGGACCGACUUGAACUAUACAUAUCCCGAAUUUGUCGGCUUGGAAGGCCAGUCCCAGGAUCAGAUCACCACAGCCAUCCGAAACAAGGUGAACCAGCUGUACGGAGCCCGGCCCAUACAGGCGAACUCGCCGGUGGCGAUCCCGUCAUCUGUGGAUCUUGCCUCCCAAGCUCCGGUUGCAGCGUCACCCGUCUCGUUCCUGUCCCUCAUGCCUCCUGCCCAAGCCGGUGCGCAGGCACCAGCUGCAGCGCCGACCCACUUCGUAGAGUGGUACGUUCGCAUCCGAUCCAAGCGAUUCGAGAUCGGAAAGAGCUAUACAAUCCUCAUCUUCCUCGGCGAGCCGCCUGAGAACCCUGCGCAAUGGCGCACCUCACCGAACCUUGCUGGUAUCCACGCCGAGUUCGUUAACUCGCACCCGCAGGGCUGUCCGAACUGCAACGACCAGAGGGAUAUGAUCACUGAGGGUUUCGUCAGCAUCACGGAGUCGCUCAAGCAUCGCGGAUUUGAGGAACGCCCCGAGGCUGAGAUCGACGCGUAUUUGAAGGAGAAUUUGCAUUGGUGCAUCCAAAAGAGCGAUGGCUCGGUUCUAUCGGCCGAGGACUUCCAGAGUCUCGAAAUUGCAGUCUUGUCGGUUCCUCUGGCGGUGAAUGAAGCAGACCAGGUCUUGGAAUUGCCAGCUGGUACCUUGCCCGUCCAUCGUAACGUAACCGACGGGCGUGCGGGAGGGCGUAGCUCCGCCUGAUCGUGUGCCCUUGCUGGAGCAAUGUAUCAGUAUAUCAUGCAUCUUCCUCAAUAAGCCUUGCACUGCCGCUGUAUCGCAUCUUCCAUAUGACCGCAAC